AUGCUCUGUGAUUGGUUGAACUACUUCCUGUUUCCUGUCGUCCAUACAUACACGUGAAGGUCAGCAUUAAAGCCAUAAGGCAUUCAUAAGUGGAAAAAUAUUACUCUUACGGCCACUUUUUAGCAAAAUAUGAACGGCCAGGGAGCGACCGCCGACCCUCAGCUUCAGCACUUCAUCGAAAUCGAGUCUCAAAAACAACGAUUUCAGCAGCUGGUGCAUCAAAUGACUGAGGUUUGCUGGGAGAAAUGUAUGGAUAAACCCGGACCAAAGAUGGACUCAAGGACAGAUACGUGCUUCGUAUACUGUGUGGAGCGAUUUAUUGACACCAGCCAGUUCAUCUUAAACAGGCUGGAACAGACUCAGAAGAGCAAGGGUCCAUUCUCUGAGACCAUAUCAGACUAAAAACUGUCACUGAAAGGACUGACAAGACACAUGCACACAGCCCCUCCUCCAAGACAAAGCCGUUUUGUCCUGACAGUUGUCUGUAAAGAACUGUCCCUUCAACUGGAAAACAACAGUUCCUUUUGAUAUAAGUGCCUCAAAUUAACAUGAUUUAUGGAUGCAGAAGUCAAGGGUGUCCUCCAAAGUGUGAUAUGAGUGUUGCAAAACGCUUAGAUUGUGGUUUGUUACUAGCAAUGACCUCAUUAUGUUUGUCAAGUAACUACUGGUCAAAGGGAGCUUGAAUGUGUUAAUAUCCACAGCUGUGACUAGUGGGUGAAGUUUAGGGGACUGCAGAAAGAUGGACACAUCUGGGACAUUCAGCUUCAGCCAGCUGUUUUUGACAGCCACAAGUACUUCACCACACACGGCUGUAAUUUAAGAGUACUAACCGAAGAGAAGAGGCGCGAGGUUCUGGACUGUAUAUAUGCAAUAAACAAUGCCAAAUAA